UUGAUCAAGACAUUGGCUUGAAGUGAGUAAUAUUGCAUCGUAGUUUACUGAUUUUUAACGCAGUUUGAGUAAAAAAUCAUGUUUUUUCUUCCUUCGGCUACGCUUCCUUCUAACAUCACUCGUAGCUUGGAAGAAGUCGAAAGAGAAUUCAACGAGGAAAUCCUCACUAAGAAGGGAUAUAUCAAGAAGAAAUGUAAAAUAUUGCAUGCUCAUUUGACCAAAGAUGCUCAAGAAAGAAUUGAAGAACUUGAGGAUAGACUUAAAAGUUCUCUACUGAAGGAGGAAAGUUAUCUUACACAGCUGGAUGAAGUUCUUGAUACUCUUUGUAAUUCUGCGCUUCAAAAGGAAACUGAACAAUCAGAGACUGAAAUAAGUAUUAAAUCUGAAAUGGAUGACGAAAUGAAAGAAACAAGCAUCAAUGGCCAUGCAAAAGAAAUAAAUGACCACAGUGAGUCACUAGCAGGCUCUAGCUCUAGAAAUGGUCUAUCAGAAAAUAAUGAUGAAAGCAAUGGACUGCAGGACAGGAAUGAAACAGACACUGUUAAUGUGAAACAGGAAGGCAUUACAAAUGGGAUAGAUUCCGAUGAUGAUGAAAGGAAAAGAAAUGGGAUGGAACAAGAUAAAGAACCAUUGACUCCAUCACAGAAAGUAAAACCUGCACACAAGAAGAGUGGGAGAAAAGGAAAAAGAUCAAGCCCUCAGAGACAACCUGGUAUCGCUGAGAUCUUCUCCAGGGUUUCAUCUAAAAGAAAGCAAUCAGAUAAAUUAGAAGAAAAUCAGAGUGGUUCCAGUAGUAGUAAUGAUACAGAUGGUGCAGAGGACCAAACAUCACACUGUCAGCAAGAUAAAAAAGUAAAGCUUGAAGAGGAAGCAGAGGAAAAGGAAUCCGAUGCAAACAGAAUCCAAGAAAAUAUCCCCGAAAAGAUUAAAGAUUCCAAGCCACAGCUACCAGAGAGAUGCGAUGAAUGCAGACAACUGCUAAACAACCCAGAACUUAGGAUAUUUGGUGGUGACAGUGAGGAUGCUGUAGAAGAAUUUGUUGCUUUAGUAGAUCCAAGGUUGUCCCUGUUCACAGGUGACGAAGAACAGUUUGACAGCUAUGAUGACAAGCCACAGCACAAACUCACCAACUUCAGCGUGUAUGACAAGAACACCCAUUUGUGUCCAUUUGACACUGGGUUGAUUGAAAAGAAUGUAGAGUUAUACUUCAGUGGAUACUUGAAGCCCAUAUAUGAUGAGAAUCCCGUGCAAGAAGGUGGUGUUCCUGCUAAGAACAUGGGUCCAAUUAAUGAAUGGUGGACUGCUGGGUUUGAUGGAGGAGAAAAUGUCAUCAUUGGGUUUACCACAGCCUAUGGGGAGUAUUUCCUGAUGAAGCCCUCAGAAGAAUACGCUCCAUUCAUUGACACGAUGACCGAAAAAACGAAACUUAGCAAAAUAGUUAUCGAGUUCUUGUUGGUAAAUCCCGACUCUAGAUAUGAAGAUCUGUUGAACAAGGUCCAGACAUCUAUUCCUCCAGAGAACUGUGCCAGUUUUACCGAAGAGUCUCUUCUACGCCAUGCACAGUUCAUAGUAGAACAGGUUGAAAACUUUGACGACGCACGUGACUUCGAUGAGCUGCCGCUAUUGGUCAGUCCAUGUAUGAGGGACUUUAUCAAACUCUCUGGUGUAACCCUGGGCAAAAGGAGAGCUACAAGGAAAGUCAGAGUCAAAACAGAGGUCAAGAAAAAACAGGCACCGACAAAGGCAACUACUACGCCAUUGGUUCGUCAUGUGUUUGAUAUUUUCUUUGACAAACAAAUCGAAGGUAAAAGCACAGCUCCCAGGCGGACACGGUGUGGUAUUUGUGAGAAGUGUCAACAGCCAGACUGUGGGAAAUGCAAGUCCUGUCGCGAUAUGGUGAAGUUUGGAGGGACUGGACGAAUGAAGCAAUGCUGUGUGGAGAGACGAUGUCCUUACAGAGAUAUCAGAGAAGCUGAUGAUAACGAAGGACUUGAAGAAUGUGACAAGGAUGACGUGGAGAAGGAAAACAAACAUGAGGUGGCUAACAAAGUACAACACAAGAUAGCUAAGGGACAGAAGAUCAUCAAGACGAAAGUGAAGUGGGUUGGAGAACCAAGCAGGGUUGAAAAGAACAAACGAUAUUAUUCGACUGUGCUCAUCAACAAACAAGAGGUGAAUGUAGGUGACUUCGUCAAGGUCUGCCCAGACGAUCCCCACUCGCCUUUAUACAUCGCUUGUGUGACUUACAUGUGGGAGAAUCCUAGCGGUGAGAAGAUGUUCCAUGCAAGAUGGAUGUCUCGUGCUUCGGAGACUGUUCUUGGGGAAACAGCUGAUCAAUCAGAGCUGUUCCUGGCCGAUGAUUGUGAUGAUAAUCCAUUGGGAUCGAUCAUUGAGAAAUGCAUGGUUGUGCACAAAGAUCCCCUUAAAGACUGGCACAAAGACUUCGGUAUUGGAGGUGUCGAGAUGUUCACUCCUAAAGAAGAAGAUGAUGGAAACAAUUUCUUCUAUCACAAAUGGUAUGACAGUGAGAUGGGACGAUUUACAGACCCACCAACCGAGUACUCUGUCAAGGUGGACAGAACGAAGAUGAACUACUGUGAAAGCUGCGAACGUAUUGCUGCACAGGAACUGUUGGAUACAGCAAGACAUAGCGAUCAAACUGAGCAGGACGGAAGUCAAGGAUCAAAAAUCCACCACGAAUCGUUUUCUGUCAAAGGCGUAAAGUACAGCUUAGGAGAACACGUGUACCUGAAAGAUGGCUCCUUCUCCUUCAAUGUGACUUUCAAGGAACCCAAAAAAUCUGUCAAGAAGGAAGGUCCUGUUGAUGAAGACAUUUAUCCAGAGUAUUACAGGAAAUCAUCAGAGUACGUCAAGGGAAGCAAUCAAGACGUUCCAAAGCCAUUCCAAAUCGGUCGCAUUCUCAAGAUAUACGCCAAAAGUUCGUCAGGAAAGCUGAAGGGAGACCAGGACUUGUUUCUGAAAGUUGCGAAAUUUUACAGACCUGAAGACACUCAUAAAGGACCAAGUGCCGGACAUCAAGCGGACAACAAUCUCCUCUACUGGACAAAUGAAGAUUGUUCAGUUUCUGUCAGUUGUGUGCAAGGCAAGUGUAGUGUGGUAUACGGUGAAGAUAUCAACGAACCCAUUCAUCAAUACACUGCAAAGGGACCUGACCGAUUCUACUUUUUCGAGGCAUAUGACAGUGAGAGAAAAGAGUUUGAGGAACUGUCGUUGGAAGCACGGGAACAAGUCAUGUUCAACAAGGGUAAGGGCAAGGGAAAAGGAAAAGGAAAAGGCAAGGGGAAAGGAAAGGCUGCUAUGGAGACCACCUCAGAUGCUGUCAAAACUGACCAAGAAGAAACUAAACCUUUUCAGAAACUCAAAAGCCUGGACGUGUUUGCAGGCUGCGGAGGUCUGUCUGCAGGUCUUCACCAGGCAGGUAUUGCAGAAUCCUGUUGGGCCAUUGAAAAAGAAAUCCCAGCUGCUCAAGCCUUCCGACUCAACAACCCAGACUGCACAGUAUUCACUGAUGACUGUAACGAGUUACUUAAACUGGCUAUUGAUGGACAGACUACCAACUCGACGGGACAAAAACUUCCCCAGAAGGGUGAGGUAGAGCUGCUCUGUGGUGGCCCCCCUUGUCAAGGAUUUAGUGGAAUGAAUCGAUUCAAUACGAGAGAAUACUCUUUGUUCAAGAAUUCUCUAGUGGUAUCGUACCUUAGCUACUGUGAUUUCUACCGUCCUCGAUUCUUCAUCCUCGAGAAUGUCCGCAACUUCGUGUCCUUUAAGCGCAGCAUGGUGCUGAAGCUUACCCUUCGAUGCCUUCUGAGGAUGGGAUAUCAGUGUACUUUUGGUGUGCUUCAAGCGGGCUGUUAUGGAGUCCCGCAAACUAGACGGAGGGCUAUCAUAAUAGCGGCUGCUCCAGGCGAGGUUCUUCCACAGUACCCAGAACCAACUCACUGCUUUAGUCCACGUGCAUGUCAGCUGACGGUUAAAGUCGACGAUAAAGUAUUCCGUUCCAACAUUACGCGGUCAUGUUCUGCCCCAUACCGUACCGUUACUGUAAGAGACGCUAUGUCGGACCUACCGGACAUUGUCAAUGGAGCUUCAGAUCCGGAAAUAUCGUAUAAAGGCGAAGCAAUAUCGCACUUCCAACGAAAGAUUCGAGGAGACCAGUACCAGCCAGUAUUGAGGGACCAUAUUUGCAAGGAGAUGAGCGCAUUAGUGGCGGCUCGUAUGAAGCACAUUCCUCUCGCACCUGGUUCAGACUGGAGAGACUUACCCAACAUUGUAGUUCGUCUCGCAGAUGGCACCUCCACCAAGAAAUUGGAAUAUCUGCACCACGAUAAAAAGAACGGCAAAGGAUCCAACGGUAGAUUACGAGGUGUUUGCUCAUGCGUAGACGGUCGCCCAUGUGAUCCAGCUGAUCGACAGUUUAACACUCUUGUCCCAUGGUGUUUACCGCAUACCGGAAAUAGACACAAUAACUGGGCGGGGCUGUAUGGUCGACUCGAAUGGGAUGGCUACUUCAGUACGACCAUCACAAAUCCUGAACCAAUGGGCAAACAGGUUGGGAAUGCAGUACCGCCCCCCUUAGCAGCUGCAAUUGGCCGGGAACUGAAAAAGAGCCUGGAACAAAAGUCUUGUCAAGAUGUCAAUCAAACGCCUAUGGAUACGACUGACUAGUCCAAAUCCAGUGGCUCCUGUCCUCAGUCCAAGUUCGCUUAUAGAGGUUUUGCACUAUCACGACUUUGCACCAUCACGUGCCCACGCCCAUAAUAUAGCUUGGACUGCCUGUGGUUAGAUGGCAGAACAAUAAAAUCCCUUUGCACUCGAGAAUUGAAUUCUUUCUCAUGUAAAACGAUUGUAUUGUUCCUGCCAUCUAACAUGGCUGCCGUCACGUGAUGGUGCAAAACCUCUAUUCGUUUUUGAAUCUAAGAUUUUGGUUUUCAGUCUUCUUGAAUGUCGUUAUGUCACCCGGGACGUGACGUUUUGUCGCGCGGUGACCUGACUAAUGUACAUAAUUACGCUUUUAUAUUCUGAGUGCACAAUUUCUAAUAUUAGAACUGAGUUUUCGUCAGUCCAAAGAAUAUAUGAUCGGCAUAUUAACAAAAGUAUCAAGUCUAUAUCUUCAUUAUAUUAAUAAUAGUGUCACGCAAUGCUCAAGGUUGCAUUCUUUUUAUCAGUACAAGUAUCGCAUAAUGAUACGCAAUAUUUGCGAUGAAACGAUAUAUGAUCGUCCUAUUAACAGGGCAUCAAGUUUGUCCUACGAAUGUCACGCAAUCCUCAAGGUUGCAUUCUUUCUAUCAGUACUUGAAGUAUCGCAUAAUGAUACGCAAUAUUUGCGACUAAACGUAAUGAGUGUAAUGCAAUGCUAUAUUUUAAAAGUCUUGCACAUAUGAGACUAAUAGAUUCUUAUAAGCGAUAAAUGAUUUUCUAGAGUUUUAACAUACAAUGCACAUUUACAAUUCUUAUUAUCUUUUCAUUUUCUAUCAAUUUUUGGUUUUAAAUUCUUUGAACCAUUUUCACAUGCAAAGUUUCCAAAUAGAAGAAGACUUGUAGAGUGCAAAUUGAGUCCGUAAGCAUGCUUUAAACUUCCCUUCGGACUUUGUAUUGGGGUCCAAUAUAGGCCUUUUUUACGAGGCAGUCAUUUUUGUUUGCACACGCGUAGCCUUGCCUUUAAGUGCUAGGGAAAAAAUUAUACCUGUUAAACAAAGAUUUUUAUUCUUUAAAAAAUAAA